UUUCUCAUUGUUAUAAGUUUGCAUACUGAGAGUCCAGAGAGAGUGAUGAUGGAGACGACCAACGAGGAACCGGAGAAGGUAGACUUCGAUCCGUCGGAGAUAGAGUACGUGAGCUAUGGAGGAGAGCAUCACCUUCCACUGGUAAUGAAUCUGGUGGACCAAGAGCUCAGCGAGCCUUACUCCAUCUUCACAUACCGUUACUUCGUCUAUCUCUGGCCCCAGCUCUCUUUCCUUGCGUUUCACAGAGGGAGAUGUGUGGGGACUGUGGUUUGCAAGAUGGGUGAGCAUCGGAGCUCUACAUUCAGAGGUUACAUAGCCAUGUUGGUUGUAAUCAAGCCUUUCAGAGGCAAAGGCAUUGCAACUGAACUUGUUACUAGAUCUAUUAAAGUGAUGAUGGAAUCAGGAUGUGAAGAGGUGACACUGGAAGCAGAAGUCACAAAUAAAGGUGCACUUGCACUCUAUGGCCGGCUAGGUUUUAUUAGGGCAAAAAGACUUUUCCAUUAUUACUUGAAUGGAGUUGACGCUUUUCGUCUGAAGUUGUUAUUUCCCCGUCAAGAACUACACUCCUCCUUGCAUAUGAUUGCUGAUCAAGAUGAAUGUUGUGAUCAUGGCGAUCACUUGUCCCCUGAAGAUUGUUCGGAACCCAUCAAGAGCUAUAGCUAGAUUUUCUCAAGCUCUCUCACUUGUAUGAGUCGUCAAGAAGAAAGUGACUGGAGCGAGUUACACUCUCCGGUAAAUAAGCUGUUAUCCUCUUAUGAUUCCUCAUUCAGCCCCUUCAAAGUCCUUGGAUUCUUCUGUCAGAAUAUUAAAUUUUCUUGUUUUAGAAUCCCAGUGAACCACCAUUGGUAGCUUUGCUAUGUCUUUUAAGUAGAUAAUUACUUAAUCCAAGCUUGAUAACAGUACGGGCAAAGGCUUUAUAAGUAUUAGGAGAAAAGCAUUAGUUACUGUUGAAAGCAGAUUGUAGAUCUAUUGUGUUUUAUUUCUGUCUGUGCUCUUCAAUCUU